AUGAGCAUACAUCCUUCAAGAAAAGCCCUACUAGAUACAGGGAAAGAUUCAGAUGGGACAAUAUCAUUAAGCCAAGUUCCUCUUGCAAACAAUACAUUAUCUUCUUCUAAAGCUCGUGAUUAUGUUGAAUCACAAACACUUCGAAAUGUGGCCAAAUCAUUUGCAGUACCAACUAAUGACAUGGAUGUGCGCACUCGUUUGCGUAUGUUUGGCGAACCUAUCACACUUUUUGGAGAAGACAAGGCCGAUAGACGCGAACGUUUGCGUGCAUUAAUGCUUGAGCGAUACCAAAAUGGCCUCCCUGUUGGCGAUAAUAUUGAUAUGGAAGCUGAAAGUGAUGAAGAGGGCGGCGGGAAUGAAGGUGAAGAAGACGACGAAUUUUACACACCUGGCGGGUUUGAACUUUUAACAACCAGACGUGAUAUAUAUUUGAGCUCUACGAAAGCGGCAAAGCGGCGCUUGAGAUAUCAAAAGUUUAUCUCAUCUUUUCCUAUGUCGACAAUUAUUCCCUAUCGACGACAAAUCACACUAGACUUGCAAAAAAUUGACAUUUUAGGUAGUCAGUUUGUUUCUGAAAGACCAGCAUCAAUGGUCCGUUUCGCUCCAACGGGGAAACAUUUAGCUGUCUCAUCAUGGGCUGGCGAAAUCAAGAUAUAUGGAGUCCCUAAUCUUAACCAAAUUGAAAGUGUGGGAACAAUUAAAUUAGAUUCCGACAAGCCCUCGAUAGCAUGGGGACCAAGUUCCAGUUCUUCGCUUUUAGCGGCAGGGGAUUCUGACGGCACUAUUGGACUAUAUAACCUUACUCCAGCACUAAGUGAUGCCGCAGAUGGUAAUACUAAUGUGCGAGACCCGAUUGCUCAGUUCAAGGGUCAUGAACAGCGUAUUGCGCGUGUUGCCUUUCACCCUACAGGAAAGUAUCUAGGGUCUGCAUCAUAUGAUAUGACUUGGCGUCUAUGGGAUGCUGGUACAGGUCAAGAGCUUUUGAUGCAAGAAGGUCAUUCAAAAGAGGUGUUUGCUCUUAAGUUUCAUCCUGAUGGCUCGCUGUGUGGAACGGCUGGUUUGGACUGCGUCGCUAGAUUAUGGGACUUGCGUACUGGCAGAGGGAUCUUGUCCCUUGUUGGUCAUGCACGACCAAUUUAUGGACUAGAUAUUUCCCCAAAUGGGUACCAUGUUGUGACAGGCAGCGCGGAUGGGACGAUUAAAGUGUGGGACUUGCGGCAACAGCAACAGGUAUUUGAUAUUCCAGCGCAUACAAGUAUAGUUUCGGACGUUAAGUUUUAUUCCUCGGUAGAUGCUGUGCCGCGUGCGUUUUCCGAAAACUUUGGUGAGGACGCAAUCCUACCUGAGGUUAAUGAGGAUAACGUUAUAGGGCUGAAGAAGUAUCUCUCAGAGAGUGGAACCUAUCUCAUAUCAAGCUCUUAUGACCGUACUGUUAAAAUUUGGAACGCCGAUACUUGGACUCAUGUUUCAACACUGGAAGGCCACUCUGACAAGGUUAUGUCAGCAGACGUUGUGGGCGAUUUCGGUCCUAACAAACAAACAUACAUUGCUAGUAGUGGCUGGGAUAGAACUGUCAAACUAUGGACCAAAGAAGAUGACGAUGAAGAUAUUGAUAUGUAA